UUAAUUUUUUCAAAAUGUAAUGUAAAUUUUUCCGAAUGUAAAGCUAUUUAAGUCGAAUUUUUUUUUUUUUAUUUAAUUCGUGUAAAAAUAAUAUUUAUUUGAGCUUGAACUUAUUUUCAAUGAAGUGCCGUUCAGAAAUGUAAGCGCCUGUUUUAGUUUGAUUUUUUUUUGUUGGUGAUUCUUGGGUUUAGUUGUUUUACUAAUAAUACUACUCAAAACCUCUAUCCAUAUAUUUAAAACUGCCGUUAGUGCAUCUAUAUAUUUUAAUAGUUUUGUUUUAUUUUAUUUUUAGUUUCAAUAUUUAACCACAUUCGUGUCAUGAAUAGUAUGGAAAGAAAACUAACAACAACAUUUGCCACAAAGCAUUACAUACAUACAUGCAACUAUUUCACCAGUGACUUUUCAUUUCACCCAGAAAAAUGUUCACCAAUCAAUCACAAACUUACCUCGUUUGUCCAGCACAUACAUUUGAAACGUUUCUAUGUAAACGUUACGCCGCAUGAGCGAUGAACCUGGGUAAUGGUCUGUUCUGGCUGGUGGCACUUAUUUUCGUAGCCUGCAAUCUGUCCUUCGGCGGUACUCGUGAGUCUCAACUGCGCAUCGGUAAGGCCAUCAACAUCUUUGUGCGCUAUGGCUAUCUGGGAAUAUCGAUGCGUGUCAUACCAUACAACGACAGCUACGAGACGGACAAAUGGCUAUUCAAGGAGCCGACAAAGUCAAUUUAUAAGGAUUUAAAUGCGUUGAGUGAAAGUCGUGAGGAGAAUGCGCCGGGCAUCUUUCAUGGUGACUUUCAUAUGGAAUUUUGCGAUAAUCGACGACAGCUCUAUCAGGCUUACUUCAGAGACUUUACGGUCGAGCGGCUGGAUAAACCGUGGGAGGCUUUCACCGGUGGCUGGUUCGCCGAGAAUGCCGCCAAGAAGCUGGGCAUCAACACGUCCUACAUAAUGGGCGAAUAUUCGUAUGUGUUGGUGCGCGUAGUGCGUUUCCGCGAAGUGGGCAAGUUCAAGGGCGACAUACCGCUCAAUCAGACGCUGGAAAAUGACGUGCAUGAGCGUAUCGGUGGCAUAACGGCGGGUAAUGUGACUGGCGCCAUCGAGUUUAUGGAAUCGUACGGCACACACUACAUCAACUCCUACACGACGGGCAAUUCGUUGUACCAGGUAUUUGUCUACUCGCGGAAAAACUACCAGCUGAUCAGGGAUCGCAUUAAAACGAAAGGCCUGAACAGUCUUUCGAAGAAGGAUCUCUACGAUUUCUUCGCGCCUUGGCAUGCCGUGCACCUGGGGCAAAUACGCUCGGCGAGCGCCAAUGCGACGGUGGAGCGCUGGGCGCGGCGCAAACUGCAAUACGAGUACUAUGUGGUGAAGUAUGUGACAUUGCUCAAGCUUCACGGCAAUGCGACACUACUCAAGGCAUUGGACAGCCUCUUGGGCAACGAUGCCAUACUUCAACUAGAUCUGAAAUCAUUGAACGUCAUAUUUAGGGAUGAGCCCGAGAAGCAAAACUGGUUCAACGAAGUGCUCGACAAUCAGAUGAAACUAUGGGAAGUCAACAUGCCCAUGAACUGAGCCAACAGUAAAUAAGAAGUAGUUAUAUACGUAAGAAUGACUCGUUGGGCGGUUUAUGUGGGCCGUUAAUGUUCCUAAGUCGCUAGCGACUAUUCGCGUUGUUGCCAUGACUUUGCGCAGCCUUAAGCCACACAUGUACAUAUAUGUGUGUAUAUGUGUUGAAUUCAAUAUAGAAGUGCCUGGAUCACGUUGUAUUCGACAAAAAUAUGAAACGUUGUUGUUGUUGUCCUCGGAGGCUGCAAUAAUGCUUUUUCGAUGCCUGUGAUAGUUUUAGUUGAUUUUAUUGUUGUAAAUUAAGUUAGUGCUAAUUUAAGUCGUAACAAUCAUAAGUACAUAUUUUCAUGUACAUAUGUAGUAUAUGAAUAUAGUAUAUGGAUACUUAUGCAUGUAUGUAUGUACAAAGAGCUAGGGUUGGAUACGUUUAGGAAAAUAUGUUGUACAGUGGUAAUAGAGCAGCCGGACUUAAGCUAGUUUGGGGAGUAUCUCAGAUAAGAAAUCGAAUAACGGAAUAAGUUAGCGUAAGAAAUAUUAUUAAGUUAAAAAUGUAUGUAAAUAAAUUAAUCGAUGGAUAAAAAGAUGACAGAAAACUAAAUGAAA